AUGCCAUCCAUGAACACCCACCCGAUCCUCGGCCUCCUUCCACGCUCAGACCCCGACCUCCGUUGUUGUCCGGGCGGCAUUCCAGGGCCGGUGCCAAACGACAACCAUGCGCAUCCAUGGAGAGGCACGCAUCAGCAGCACCGGAGCAGCUACCCAGCAUGCAGCAGGAGCAGCAGCUCCACCCCAGGUUCUACGGUGCUGCCCUCCAUCCUGCCUGUUCAUGCACUGAGGGUCGCCUCUGCUGCCUCUCACUCCUGUCUCCCACUACAGUCCACCUUCAGGCCAAUCUUCUUCCUCCAUCAUCAGCCGCCGGCCACUAUGUCCUUCAAUGGUUCCUUCUCUAACAACAGUAAUCACACACAUACGGAGAUCCAGCUGGCCUCCAGAAGCAGCAUGCUCCAUAGCCAUAGAAGAGAUAAUGGAGUCAAAGCUGAAGCCUCUUCAGGUCAGUCUAACCUCAUGAAGGCUUCCAGAACUCACAACGAGCUCCACAAGGAACUUCUACUGGCCCACAAGAGGGGUCUGGCGCUGAGCAGCAGGUCGGAACUUCAGCAAGUGCUGGAGAGGAGGAAGAGAGUGCAGACAGACUCAGAAGAGGAUGGACAGAGCAAGACUCCCCUGGAAGAUGUGCUACUUAGACGUCAACAGAAACAACUUGAGAAGGAGAAAGAACAAGAGGACAAAGAAAGAGAUGAAGCACAGUUGAUGGAGUUUGUUAGAGUCCGACAGAACCUAAGAAAGAUUCACUCAGCUGUCCAGAACAAGGCUGCAAAUUGCUGA